AGUGUACCGAGCGGUAGACGGUACCAACUACCAACUAUCAGGUUGCUGUAGCCUGUAUUCAGUAUUGAAUAAUGCAAUCGCGUCCUGUAAAUUGUAAUGCAUCUGCCACCUGUCCUGUCAUGUACUGCAAUUGUGCAUGCAGUUCCCCACUCUCCAUACUGGCCGCUCGGUAACCUGUUCGUUAUUAACACCGUGAGGAUGUGAAAUUCGUUCGACUCACACUCGAUAGUCGAUAGUUGUAGUCCCGAGUCCGGUAGAUCUUAAUACGCAGUACGUUCGGUUAGGUAUUAUUAUUGUUAUUGUCGUUCGAUCGAUCGAUACAUAGGUCUGUAUGGAACAGAUUCUAGACACCAGACGGACGUCGGGUUCGACUGCGGCACUGUGACUUAAUUAUCCAGCCAAAAACGUGAAUAUUUCGUAAAAACGAUGUGUCGUUGUUAUCUAACCGGAAGUGCGAUUGACCAACAAUGGAACGGUUAGCUGGUCGUGAAGAUGCUGCUGAAGAUGACGCCUGCCCGCCACAACGGGAAAUCGAUUGUAAACCGUAGUAAUUGCCCAUAGCCUCGAACGCAUACAUUGUUUUCAUGGAAUUUUGUAAAUAUUUGUUGCUCACCAUUUUCCUGUUUCAAAUGUGAUAUAAAAUGUUUCAUGUCAGUCGCAUCCUUUAUGUUAGCAGUUUUUUGUUGGAAUAUUGUGCUAGGUUUCAGUUGGAGCAAGACAAGCAUUUGAUUUUCUCGGAUUUAUGUGGGGAUCAGUAUUAGCAAACUUUUUCGAACUUUUGUUUAUUAUUUUUGGAAUAUUUGGUGUAGUGCAAUCAGAUGUAUUAUACUUAUUAUCAUAUUCAGCAUGGAGUAUUGUUUGGUGUUUUUGGAAUAUAUUUGUAGUUUUAUAUUAUUUGGAAUUGUCAAUUUUUAGUGAUAGCUUUGAUUUGAUGAGUCUUGGUGCGGAUAGUGUUAGUUGGUGGGAAUCUAAUGGUCCAGGGUGCAGAGUAUUUUUUUAUCCAAAUCACACUGGCAUUGAAGAAGAUGCUAUUAAGCCGGUUAGACCAGAUUUGAUCACUGGAUGUGUUAUAGAUUAUCAAAAAAUUGAAACUGCUCAAGCAGCUUUACAAAUACUUUUCGCUGUUUUUGGUAUUCUCUGCAGCUUAUAUGUAUCAUGUUGCUCAAAAUCAAGAGAUGAAGGAAUUUACUACAAGAGUAAGCAACCAAAAACUAUUACACCAAUAUACUCUAUUGAAUAUAGCUCACGCCGAGGAGAUGAAAUUGAAGAAAUAAGUACCAUCAGUGGUAGUGAAGAUGGAGAUUUAGAUGCACAAAGUUCUCAUAGUAAACCCAUGACACCCAGACGAGUAAAACGAAGAAGUGUAACAUCAAGAGGUACACUACCUCCUCCACAUCAAGCUCCACCGCCAUAUCUUAGACGGCAAUCUAGCUCUCAAUAUUCUAGUCGAAGACAUAAAAAUCCUGUUUCUAGACUUAUCCAACAACAGUAUUCAAAUAACGGUUUGAACGAUUCAUCCACAUCAAAUGAUUCAAGCCAUCCUUUGUUCCCAGAAUGUCGAGUUGAACUUAGACAUGUUAACAGAGGCAUUGUAAAUCCUGCCUUAGAUACUGAAUCUGAACGUCCAACAUCAGCACGUUCAACAUAUUCAAAUUUCCAUGGAGCACGAGGUCGGCCCAGACAAGUUAGCACUCAUUCUACUUUUUUUGCCCCGUCAGAACAACCUCCACCAGCUUAUCGUAGUAAUGCUUCUGUUAAUUCAGAAACUGUUAUAUGAUUAAGAACAAAUGUAGAAAAUGUAGUUCAAAGUAGAUACAAUUUUAAGAUCUCAUUUUUAUUUUAAUGUUACUACAUAAUGUAACUAAAAAAAAUGGUAGUAGAUUAUUAUGCUACCUACAUUAUUUAUAGUGUACUUAUUAGUUUGCUUAUGUGUGUUCAAUGAUUUUAAAAAUGAGGCUUGCGUGAAAGGACACUCUUAUUCCUAUUGUUUUAGACAUUACACACACCACAUAAUAAAAAGAUUUUGUAAUUACCAAGUAUUAUAAUAUAUCAUGUAGUAACUACUACUGUUUACAACCUGCCGGUAGAAAAAAAAAAAUUAUUAACUCUUAUAACACGUAUUAUUUAAUGAUAUUCAAAAAAUAGUAAUUGACGUGUUAUUGAAUUAAACUAAUUAAAUAUUUUUUUUUACAUUGUGGUAAUAUAUAUAUCUUCAUGAAUAAUUAACUCAAUAAAUAUAUUGUUAAAAAAUGAAAUAACUAAUUCUUUGAUGUAAAUAAAUAAAAAAACGAAUUUAGUUUGUAGGUAACAUUAUUAACUAUUACUGAAAAAUCUAUUAAUUUAAUUUUAAUAAUUGGAACACAAUGCUUAAAUUAAAUGAAUGGUAAAUAAAAAUAUUAAAAAAUUAAGUUUUUGUGAAACAUUUUGAAAAAAAAAUAUGUACAUCCUUGGAAUAUCAACAAAUGUUUUCAAUGAACUGUUAAUACUGAAAUUAAUAUUAAAAAAGUUUUAAUAUAUAUUAUACUAUACCAUUAUAUUGAAAAUUCUGAUCAUUAAUAUGUUUUUAAUUACUUUCAAUUUAACUCUAAACAUAUAACAUAACCUCAAAAGUAAUGAGUAUAAGAUUCAAGAUUGUAUUAAUUUAAUUAUUAUUAGUGUUUAUCAAAAGUUCUUAUUAGAUUUUAACUCCUAGCUUUUUUUUAUUAAUAAAAUAUAAUAAUAAAUAUUUAUUUUUAUUUAAUAAUAACAAAACAUAAUAAAAUAAAAGACUAAAUUUAGACAACAAAGUAUUAAUGACAAUUUUUAAAUUUAAUCCAACUUAAACUAUUGUACUAAGGAUAAGCCAAAACUUCCAACUUUUAUUUCAUGAUUGACCUAAAUUUAGAUAGUUUCUGUUUUUAACUACAGUUAAAGAUAGAAUUAAUGGUGUAUUAAUAUAAAUGUAUACAUCUUGCAUUGUGUCUUCUACUAGGUACAUAUUAUGUUCAUAUAAACUUAAAACUAAGAAGCUCAAAUAGUUUUUUUUUAAUAUCGCAUUGUUCAAAUGUUUGUUAAGAUCAUGACUAAAUAUAUUUAGCCAUGGUUAAGAUGAGGGUUAACCAGUUUUUUGUUAAUACUCUCACUAAGAAACUAUAAGUGUAUUGGGUUUGAUAGGAUGCAGUAUACUAUUUGUUUUCUUUCUUACUCGUGCGCAACAUAAUAAUUUUGUGUUAUUAAUUUUAAUAUUAGAAUGAAUUUUGAUCUAUUAUCAAACUUCAAAAACUUAAAGUCAAGAACAUUAUCUGUGUUUGCACAUUGGCUUUUUUAUAGGUAAAUCCAGCCUCAGUAAUUUAACUAAUAAUAUAAAAUAGGUUCUGCUGAACUCAAAUUGUCCGUGUUGUCAGUGAAUCAUAGAUAAAAAGCAAAUAGUGUUUGAUAUUCUAUUAAAUAAUCAUAGUAUUAUUUCUUAAUAUAAUUUAAGAAUAUUCCAUUUGAUUGUAUUAAAUAUUCAUACAGUUAGUUCAAAUCUUAUUAUUUUAGCUGUACAACUGUUACCAAAUUAAAAUACGAAGUAUAUAUAAGAUUAUAAAUAUAUUUAGAAAGUAAAUUUAAAUUCUUAUUUUUAAUGUAUAUAGUAUAAACUGCCAAUUAAAAUAAGGCAUAAACAUCAUGACUUGUUGAUAAAAAGUUUUUUUUUUUAAAUUAAUUAUCUUCUUUAUCCAAGUGUCAAAAUAUAGCAAAUCGACAUAAUAUUGUCUUAAAAUGAUUACACCUUUAUCAGAACAUUCGUGUUCCGUCCACUUUCUAUAACUUUAAAUUAGAAUAAGUAUUAUUUUUGUAAAUGCAAAUUUUUUUAUACUUAUAUUUUUUUAAACUGUAUAGAUGAAAUUAUGCAUUUAAGUAUUAAAUGUAAAUGUUGUUGAGUAGCAAUUAAAUAGCAACAAAUUUGUAUUUAUAAUGUUAACUUUAGUCUAAUAUUGCAUAAACGACUGAUGUUUAUGUUUAUGCAAUAGUUUUUUUUUGUACUUUUUGAAAUGUUAGGUAAAUUGUAUUAUCUCAUGUUAAAAUAAAAUUAUAUUAUAAGA